AUGUCACAAACACUUAAUGAGCCACACUUUGUGCAACCCCAAAAAUAUGUCGGUUUUGAUACAAUUACUACACAGAUUGAGAAUAGAUUGUUGAAGAGAGGAUUCCAGUUCAACAUCAUGGCGGUUGGUAGAUCAGGAUUGGGUAAGAGCACAUUGGUUAAUACAUUAUUUUCGUCGAAGUUGACCGAAACCAGUGGACGCAGACAUGCGGCAGAACCGGUUGAAAAGACCACUGAAAUCCUGGUUAGUUCUCACGUUUUAGUGGAAAACAACGUCAGGUUGAACAUCAACGUUAUUGACACGCCAGGAUUCGGGGACCAGAUAAACAACGAGAGGUGUUGGGAACCGUUGGUCAAGUACAUUAAGGAACAGCAUUCGCAGUAUUUGAGAAAGGAAUUAACUGCCCAAAGAGAAAGGUACAUCAAUGACACCAGAGUGCACUGUAUAUUAUACUUUAUCCAGCCAAACGGCAGAAAAUUGAAGCAGUUGGAUGUGCAGGUGUUGAAGAAGUUGACGGAGAUUGCCAACGUUGUUCCAGUGAUUGCCAAGUCCGACAGUUUGACAUUAGAGGAAAGAAGCGAAUUCAAGAGGGUGUUACAAAACGAGUUCAUCAAGUACAACUUCAACAUAUACCCAUACGAUAACGAGGACUUAUACGACGACGAGAGACAAUUGAACGAGGACAUUAAAUCGUUGAUUCCGUUUGCCAUUGCUGGUUCCGAGAAGGAAGUCCAGGUCAACGGGGAGCUCGUCAAGGGCAGAAAGACCAAAUGGGGAUUAAUCAACGUUGAAGACGUAUCUCAAUGUGAGUUUGUAUUCUUGAGAGACUUCUUGACCAGAACACACUUACAGGAUUUGAUCGAAACUACGUCGUUGUUACACUACGAAACCUUUAGAUCCAAACAAUUAAUUGCCUUGAAGGAAAACGCCAAUAACCCAAAUAGACAAUCUAACCCUUUGUCGAUGCACCAGCCAAACCAGAGUCAACCACAACAUCCACAGCAACAACAACAACAGCCACCUGCUCAACAACAAACCCAAAGUAUGCUUCCAAAUGACAAUGCAUACCCCCGUCAAUAA